CUCGAGAUUGGUGAUCGCGAGUGCUCGGGGAAAUCCGCGUCCCAUCGGUUAUUUACGUGAGUUGUGUCAUGUGUGCUGAAACGGCGCUCGUUCAUCGUCAACAAAGGUCGUCAGUGCGUUAUUAUCUGUUUAUCCGUUGAAUUUGGAGCAUAACAUUUCCAGUGAAGACGUCAUCGACCGUGCCGCGAGCUGUUCGUUGAUGCGAAAGCUGGUGUAGCGUGAAAUGCAGUCAAUUGACACGAAUUAAGACGCAAUUAAACGGCUUCGCGCAGACAGCUGGACGCUUUUCCAAGUUCUUUUUCAAAGGACGCGGGGAAAGGAAGAAAUUCAAGGGAAAGAAAUUCACUAAUGACGAAUUGAACAUCAACGGAGAGUCAUAUAAUAGAGGAAUAAUAGAUGGAGUCGACCAGCGUCUCGAUAUCCUUCGUCGAACGAAGCUCCAGUGAGGUAAGUGGCGCAUCUGGAAUAAAAAUCAGUGACACCUGGGUUUUGACGAGUGGCCUCUUCUACGCAACAAGCUCAAACAAAAAUAACGAUACCCUUCACUUCAUUCGUGGCCUAAAACCGGGAAUCCUAACAUGCAUUCCUAUCCCCCAAAAAAAUUCCCAUGUUAGAGUUAGCGUGACGUCAAGAACGGGUCCGAGAACGUUGAGGACGAAUGAGGCGUCAGUGGAGGAUUCUAAAAUCAGCGAGACAUGUGGAACAAUCUGCGGCGCCUGGCGAUGUCCUCUGCUCUCUGACACACUCGAGAAUUUAUUCCACGGAUGGAGUUUCGACGAGGAUUCCAAGAAAACAGACAAAGACCUGUUGACGAUAUUUUUACUCGUGCGUUUGCACGAUGGAGAAGCGGAAUUCACUGUAACCGAGACGCUGAGGAGUGCAGAGCAGUCCCUGAGUCACUUGUUGCGUGUGUGCGAGCCCCUCGAGACCCCUGCAAGAGGAGUUCACAUGUUGAUUGAAUCAACACCAUUUGGAAAUCCCGUCUUCAUUGAUUCAGUCUCCCGUGGAAUAGUGAGCAAUGUCCUCGGUGCACAUGAUUGUGUCAUACUGACAGACGCUAAUGCCGUUCCUGGGUGCGAGGGUGGUCCAGUGUACGUCAGGAGACCGAACGGAAGUAGACUCUUAUGUGGGAUGGUGAUUGCUCCCCUGAGCUGGUGCCGGGGUGAGUGGGUGGAUUACACGCUUGUUGCCCGUCUCGUUCCCUGUCUGAUGAAGCUACUCAGGAAGCACGAGAACAUCGAAAAUUGUGUUACGGGUUAUGGCAAUACCAGUCUCACUGAGCUGUUAGAUAAAAGUGUGGUACUCGUGCGGUGUGGAGCCGAGUGGGGCAGUGGAAUAGUCCUGGAUCGUGAUACUGGUACAAUUCUCACUUGUUCCCACGUUGUUAAGGAGGCGCCUGAAAGGCGCAUAAGGGUUGUCCUUCGUACCAACAAUAAUCGAGAAUCUUCAUCCUCAAUAUCGGGUGUGUGGGCGACAUUGGUAUACCGUACACCACGAGGACAGGCAUAUGACGUUGCCGUUCUGAGUGUCGACACACAAGCGAUGGAUCCCACACUGAGAGCCCUCGAGAUAGCUGAUGGAGCGGCAGAAAAAGGUGAGACUGUGGUUAGCGCUGGAUUUCCAUUUUUCUCCUCAACUCUUCCUACAAUAACACGUGGAAAUAUCUCGAGGGUAUCGACAUGCAUGCUACAGACCACCUGUUGUGUUCAAAGUGGUGCCAGCGGUGGGCCAAUUGUGAGAUCAACAACUGGUGAAUUACUGGGAAUGGUUGUGUGCAAUAUUAUAACGUCUAGGACUCUCUAUCCUAGGCUAAAUAUGGCAGUGCCUAUGGCGGCUAUCAAGGAAUCAAUUACCGAUUACAUAAAAACAGGAUGUGUCGAUGUGUUGUCAGCUCUGACCAAGCAAGAUGCAGCUGUUCGUGACGCCUGGAAUUUCCAUCUUCCUUCGAAAAUAUGAAGCACAUUACAACGUUUUUCCGAUAAUUAAACGUUUCCUUGAUCGUCGCUCCACUCAUUCAGGACCACUCAAAAUCUCCCUUGAGUUUGCACUGAGUGACUAACGAGCCUUUUUUUCGUACUCGCACGAUUAUGUGAUGACGUCGUGGACAUAAUUAUCGCGGAGAAUUAUUUUUAGUCACAAGUGUAUUGUCAAUAUGAGGAACAAAAAAGCGAAGUGAUAAAGAUAUUAGUGCAUGGGGGUUUAUAUGGCACAAUAGUCGUGAGGAAAAACUAUAUUUGGAAGGAAUAAUGGAUUGCAGUGCGUCAUAAUGGGAUAUAUCGAGGGUAAACUCGGAGACAACCAAUCUCUGGAGUUGAUAUACACACACGCUAUUGACCGACUUUUUUAGGCGCGAGAAAGUUUUUUUCAUUUGUAACCUCGCAUUAUAUCUCCCCCUGGUUUGCAGACUCAGCGGUGCUAACAGUGCUAUCAUUUGCCACUUAAUCUUUUGGUUUUUUAAAUUUUCUGGAGUAUAAUAAAUCUGUUGCCCGUUCUUUGGCUGCGCUUCAGGGAAAAAUGAUGGAUUUCAAUGGGAUUUUUACUGUUCGUAGUUUAGAGUCCCCUGUCGGCUUUAGGAAAUAAGUUAUUGGGUUACGGUGGAUAGUUUAGUAGGCACUGAAACUUCUAGAAAAUUCUGGAGCUUUCUGGAAAAUUCUGGAACUUUAUCGAAAAUCCUAGAAUAUUCUUGAUUUUUUGGAGAGAAUUCUUCCCGUCCAAAUUUCAGUCCAUAGAAUUCCACUAUUCGACUGUUAUUUUAUGUAGUCAACACGGUAUCCAACUGAUAAUUUUUGAUAAUUCAACUGGUAAUUUUUCAUGUAGAUAUAUAUAUGAAAAAUAAAAAAUUUCCUGGUCGAAUGAGCCCCUCAUGGGAACUUACAGAUGGAUUUUGUCUCAGUGCA